CUCGUUGCGGCGCCAUGUUUGCUUAAGAUGGAAGAAGAAAAGAUUCUGUUGUGUGUAAUUCCUGUUUUCCCCGGCGCGUGAACUAGGGUUCAGGCAAAGCAAAAACCAUGGAAGGUCGGUGCAAGUUGUGGCUACCCAAGAAAAAUAGGUUUUGCGCAAAUGUUCCUCUCCAAAACUCACCUUUCUGCGGAAACCACACCGAAAGAUCCGACGGGCAAUGGAUUCCUUGUCCGAUCGACCCUUCUCACUCUGUGCUAGAAGAGAAUCUUGAAAGUCACCUAAAGAGGUGUCCACUGCUGAAACAAACUCAAUUUCUGUCUCUCCAGCCUUUCUAUGAAAAGGGCAUAAAUGCUGGUACAGACAGUAGUACUAUUGGAGUGUCCAAUAUUACAUCUGAAAUGAAGAGAAAUGCUGUUUAUGCCAUGACUGUUGCUGAAUUCUCCAAAUUAAUCAGUAAAAUCAAGUGCAUUCAUGCUUCCAUUUGCACUCGCAUUCCUGAUUCUUUCAAGAAUCCACAAGCUUGUGGCAUUUGGACCAAUCGACAAGUGGACCGCAAGUUGCCAUUUGAAGAAAAGCAUGUUUUGCAGCAGGCAUCCAUACUAGGGAAUCUUGAAGAGUUUGGAGUUCUGAAGGAUUCUAGUGCUCUCCCUGCAGUUGUUGAAUUUGGUGCUGGAAGGGGGUAUUUGACACAAGUAUUGACGGAUUGUUAUGGAUUUAAGAAGGUCUUGUUGGUUGAGCGCAAGUCGUACAAACUUAAGGCUGAUAGGAGUUUGCGACAGAAGGAGGGGUUGACAUUGGAGCGCUUGAGAAUUGACAUUGAGGACCUAAAGUUAAAAGCUGUUGAAUCUUUACGAGGAGCACCUUAUUUGGCAAUUGGCAAGCAUCUUUGUGGGCCUGCAACAGAUAUGACAUUAAGGUGUUGCACGAAGGACCAAUGUGAGGGUCAAGCUAUUCUUGAAUCACCUGAAUCCUGUUGCUAUCUUACUGGCUUAGCUAUUGCUACAUGUUGCCAUCAUCUUUGCCAAUGGAGGCACUAUAUAAAUACGGGAUAUAUGUUGAAUUUGGGUAUUAGCAUGGAAGACUUCCACGCAGUGACAUGGUUUACCAGUUGGGCUGUUGAUGCAGAUCAUACUUCAGAUCUCAACGGUUCUGAUUGCACUACAGACCUACAAAUCAGCGAGAGGGAAUCGUGUGAAUUAGACGGAGAUGUGGAUCCAAAGGGAGUAGAAGGCAUCAUAAGGAAUAUGAAGGGCGUGGAUAGGGCAGCUUUGGGGUUCAUGUGCAAAGACAUAAUUGAUGCUGGGAGGAUGGCUUGGCUCAAGGAAGUCGGACUUGAAUGCCAGCUUGUUAAGUAUGUUCCCUCCACCAUCUCUCCUGAAAACCAUUUGUUGGUUGCCAGGCAAAAGUGCUAAACCCUAUCAUGUCACUACCUUAUUUUUGUUUCCUAGACACAUACUUAAUUGAAUACUCAAACUGUAUAUUGGCUGUGCCUUGCAUUGUCCUGCAAGAAAGCUAUGAAUUUUUUUUGCUAAUACAGCAUGGGCAUGACUUCUUGUCACUCACUGAUGAUAUGAGAAGGUUUAACCCCUUGUGUUACA